CGACGUUCAUCUCUUUCCCUCCUCAUUGUAACUCGUGCUUCUGGCAAUCACUUGCGUACUGAACGCUCACCCAAUAGGAUGUGUUUUUUCAAAUAUUUUUUAAAUACAAAAAUACUUUGAUUACUUGGAGAAAAAAAGUGUAUUUUUAUAUAUAAUAUUCCUAAGAAACCUAAGUUUCAAUUAUUUUUCACAUCUUUCGCAAAAGUGUACUCUUUAUCUCAUCUCGUUUUUGUGCUCAAAGAAUUUUAAGAAAGUUGAAUAUUAGAUUUCACGUGCGUCACAUUAUCGCCUCAGACAAUACCUCUUCAAUUAAAUUGCUAUCAUUUAAAAAGGUGAAAUUUUGGAGAAUAAUUGACAAUGGAGCUUCUUCAGGAACCUGGUUGGAAACUGGAACGAAAAGGAUCUGCACUUCUAUUGCGUAGAGACAGUUCUUAUCUGAGAACAGCGAGGGUUUGUUUCCGGUGCGAUGUCGAAGUUCGAGAAUUCGAGAGAGACGAAGAUUAUUUUGAUGUAGAACCGGAAGUAGCAGCUAGUCCUCUUGCAAUGUGUGCAAGUUGUUUAGCAGCACUUUGUGUUACUGUCGUUCUUCCUUGGCUUCUAAUUGGGGGUUAAAGAAGAAAAGAUCACCGCAAUGGAAAAUUAGACAAAAAAAAAGUCAACUUGAAAAGUAAUUCUUGCCAAGAAUAGAGGUGACUGCAAAAAAAAAAAGAUGCUUCUGAGGAAAUCAGAAUCACAUGACUGGCUUUUAAUUAAGAAAAAGAUAUACUUAUUAAAAGUGAAACAUAUAUCUCGUUUAGACUAAAUGCAAUUUUUUCUCAGCAAAAAAGUCUUACCUCUAAAUAUACAAAAAUAUUCCUUCUUUUACUUUAUUAUUUUCUCUAAAAUGCAAAAUCCUUUUGGAUUUUUUUUUAACGAGGGAACUUUUUUCAAAAAUGAAUUUUUACAAAGAGGAUUUUUAUUCCGAGGGGAUUAAAUGCUUGAGGAUAAUCUUGCCAGAGAGAAAACUAUCCUAUAAUGAAUAAUGCUUUUAAUUGAGUUCACUAAAUCCUGAAUAGUAAACUUUAUAUGUAUCAAAACUUUUUCAAACAUUUUCAAACAUUUUCAAACAUUUUAAUUUAGAAUUCAAUUUUUUUAUUCCGAUUAUUGGGAAAUUUUUUAAUACAUUCUUGUCGAUUCGAAAGAUAAUUCAACUAUGAUUAUGAAAAUUUUGCAAAAGACUAAUUUUGAAAUGUAUUCAUACAUGUUUCUAAAGAUAAUCCUUUUCUGCAAUUAUCGUAUACACUUGUAUAUAAUUCUGCAUGGAGUUUUUAUUCGCAGACAUAAAUGUAUGCUAUUCACGGAUUAAGUAAUUGCUAUCUGAAAUGUAAAUCCAAUUUUCCAUUAACAGAAAUUCUCUCAAAUUUAGAAAAUUUGAAAAAAAUAUAAAAUUCAAUUGAAGAGAAAAAUAAAAUAAUUCGCUUUGUACAUAAAUAAAGUAUUGGAUAAAAAGAAAAAAAAAGGACUUUAUAGUGAAAGAGAAAUAAAAGUAUUUGAAAAUACUUGCAUAACGAGUUUGUGUCCCUCGAGACGGAAAAAGUCUUGGAAAAAUUGUACAAAAGAAUUUCCACGUACAAUUUGUGAUAUUUGCGUUUAAAAUCUUUUAAAUGAUUUUAUUAUUACUGUUGUUUAUUGAUAGAAAAAAUAUAUCCUAUUGUAUCGAGUCAUUUUUAUCUGCAGUUAAUUUAGUAACUCUAUGAGGCCAAAGAAAAAUCAUUUUUAAUAUCUAAAAAUUUUAGAACCAGUUGAAUUAAAUAUUUCAAUGAAAUAAUGAUAUAAAUACUUAUCUCAUCAUACUGAUUCAAUUAGUUUCUAUGAAUUAAAUUCAUAAUAUAACAAUAAUCGAAAAUCCAAAUUCGAUACAUAAAUAUUGAACUUUGUAAAAUUCUUAUCAAAUACGCUCAACGAGAAAUUAAAUCAAAAUUAUAAGGGUCAAUGAAAAGUUUAAUUCAACUCGUUAUUUAUAAUCUGUCUCUGUAUUACAAAUUAAUGAAAUGAUUUUAAUGGAAUUGCAGAUAAUGCAAAAUAAAAUAUGCAUAUAUGUAUUUACCUUGUGACAAUCAAAGUUUUCAUAUUAUAAUGUAAAUGAAUUUUGUGUACAUAUAAUUAAUUAUAUUAAUUACAAUGUUUAACAAGGAACGUUAAAAUUUUGAUAAUAUGAUGUAAUAUUUUGUAAAUUAUAUACAUUAU